AUGCCGCCUAAAGGUUGGAGAAAGAAUGCUGAUGGUCAAUAUCCUCAAGUUUCAAAAGAGUCGGAAAUAAUCUCCAUCGAUGAUAUACUUUUUCCUAAAGCUACCGUGAUGAAGCUUGCCAAAAACAUCACCAGUGGUACUGGUGAUGAUAAUAUGAUUUUGGCAAAAGAUUCAGGAUUAGCGUUACAAAGAUCGGCUACGGUGUUUGUCUCUCAUCUAAUGUUCCAUGCUCGAGAAGUUGCUAAGGAACAAGACCGUAAAACAGUCAAUGCACAAGAUAUACUAAAUGCAUUAGAACGAGCUGAAUUCAAUGGAUUUACUGGUGAAGUUAAACAAAAAUUAAGUGCAUUUGAAAAUAAUACUGUAUUGAAAAAGAAACAAAGAUUAGAGAAUAAGAGUGCUAAGGUUGAAGAUCCAAAUACUCAACCGGCUGCUAAGAAAUUAAAGGAUAAUUCAGAACAAGGUAUUCAGAAACUGGAAGAUAAAAUUGAACAUGAAGAGGAAGAGGAAGAAGAAGAGGAAGAUAAUUUUGAAGACGCAAAAGAUGAUGCAAAUGAUGAAGAGGAUGUAGAUGGUGGGGAGGAAGAAGGUGAAGUUCCGCAGUCUAACCCAAUUGCAAUAUUAGGACAAGAAGAGAAUGAAUUGGGUGGUGAAGAAUAUGGAGACCAAAACGAUGCUAAAAGUGGUGAAUCAUCGGACGAAGAAUAG